AUGUUUUGGGAAUCAGUGACUGAAGAGGUUUCCGCUGCGAUUGACGUGCUCCAAGAGAAUGGCGAUUUGGAGUUGCCUGACACGUCACUAAGCCAGCGAAUUGCCAGCAAAACGACCCAGAUCAUGAAACUGACUGGUGCCUCGCAAUUGUUGCUGAAAGAAAAACAGAUUUUAGUUCGCGGUGGAGUUCUUAAGAAACGAGCUGUUGCAAAGUAUGUCAACAUCAUCCUCAAUGAAAUGGUUCCUUCUGGGUAUGCUGAUAGUGACAUGCUACGCAUUUUUGUUUCUCGGAGCUUUGCUGACAGCUUGGAGCAGAAGAGCAGCUUGGCAGACAUUGAGCUCAGUGAGAGCGUUCUCAUAGUUGUUGAGAAGGACCAGCGCCAGGAUCAUCCACCUCCAACAGUUGGUGACUUGGUAGAAGUUGAGGUGCAGCCAGGAGUUUGGAGGAUGGCAGCCAUUAUUAGCUCUGACCGGUCCACCAGAGUCCAAUAUUGUCAUGACCACCAGCAAGAGAAAGUUGCACUGACCGGCAUCCGUAGAGCUAGGGCAAUCGCAAUAUUUGGACACUACCAACGCAGACUGGCAGCCGCCCUGAAGAUUGUAGCAGCGUUUGAGACUGAGUCGCUUGGUGCUUGGAAUUCGUUGCACAGCAAUCCAUACUUUCAAGGGCAGCGCUUGGGUGUGGUCUCAGAAGAACUUGCAGUGAAGUCUGAAGUUAUCAAGCGACUGGAGAGAAGCCCUUUCUUAAAGCAGAUUUUGAAGACCACAGGGUGCACCAUUCGCUUUUUCUUGAAGCCUGUGGCAGACAAGUCCUCAUUUUCAAAGUGCACGAAAGCUAUUCCCUGUGUUUUGGCAGCUGGAAGCUUGGAAGAGCGCUGGAAAGGCUUGCAAAUCAUAAAGGUAAUUGCACUGGGAAUGGAACACAAGAGGCACCCAACGUUGCCUGCUGCCUUGCUUGGAGACGCCCGCAGGGUAACAAUUCCAAAGGACAUGAUGUCUGUGGUCGUUGGAAAGCAAAUGGAGUCUCUGCUGGAAUUGAUGGAAUUGACGAGCACCGUCAUUCUCCCCCUCAAAGACAGGGAAAGUCAAAAAGCAGAUAAAGAGAUGGACAAGCUCCUCGACAUGAUGAUGGUAGGCUAUGACGACAUUGGUGAUCAAACUUGUGAGAUUGCGAUCCUUGGCGAACCCUAUGCACGAGCUUGGGCAGAAGCCAAGAUUAGGGCCCUUGUGGAGAAACAUCACCCCGGCUAUUCUGAGAAGGACAUGGGUUCUUCACAGGCGGCCGGGCUUGGCGUUGAAGGAAUCCCCUUGGCAGCCGAGCUCGAACAGAUUGAAGAACGCGUGCAGCUUGCCAAACAGCUUGCUGGAGCAACCGGGUGCGUAGUAGAAGUGGGUGCUGGGCGGGCCUUCAUUGCUGGAAGAAAAGGCUCAAGGGCACUGUGCUCGGAGUACAUUUCCUGGGUUAACGACGGAUUGCAAUUUCAUGUUGAUCUCAAGCGGCGAGCUGACACAGCAAUCCGGCCGGAGGUCCCGCUUGCUCUGACAGAAAUGCCUUGGCUGCAGCAGCAGCUGUCAGAGCUGGCCAUUGACACCAGCACUAUCGCCUUCUUCGACAACGAGGAAGGUCGCGAGGGCCAGUUGAAGCGGUUGAUCUUUGCCGGAAAUGUCAUCGAAUCAAACCCAGGCGUUGUGCCUGGCUUGCUUGCGCAUGCCAACGCCUUGCUCGACAAAGCCAAGCGCUACAAGGAUCAGGGCUGGCUGCUGGAGGACGACGAAAGAGAGAAUGGAGGAAGCACAGAGGUGCGACAGAUCUCGCUUGCAACUGUGCAUUUUCAGCCGCUGCAAUGGCUUGGCGGUCCAAGGGGACAGGCAGAGAAGAUUGGAAAAGUGGCUCUCGUGAAGACCUCGCACAGGAGUGGCCCUCGAAGGAGGUGCUGUGUUGAAGUUUGUGUCGCUGGCCAGGUGCUUUUGCAUUUCAUUGGCUCUCAUGCUGUAUACCAGGCUGCAGUGGAUGCAACUGAGGCGACUGACAAGGCGCAGAGCUUGAUUGUGCUCGAGACUCGAGACUGGGAUUUCUGCAUGUGGUGA